AUGGACGAAUCUCAAAAUAAAAAUCGUUUAACACUUACUGAUCUUGGUGUAUUAAUUCUUUAUUUUACAUUAUUAAUGGGUGUUGGUUUUUAUUCAAUGCUCAAACAUAAUCGUUCAACAGUGAAAGGAUACUUUUUAGCAAAUCAAAAAAUGACUUGGAUAUUUAUUGGAGCAAGCUUAUUUGCCACGAAUAUAGGUGCCGAACAUUUUAUCGGUCUAGCAAGUUCGGGUGCAGCAAAAGGGUUUGGUGUUGGUGCCUUUGAAAUAGCUGCUAUAGGUAUUAUUCAACUGCUUGGCUGGGUGUUUUUACCUGUUUUUCUUGCUAGUGGUGCUUCUACAUUACCUGAAUACAUGAAUCGAAGAUUUGGUGGACAACGUAUACGAACUUAUAUAGCAUGUCUAUAUCUUCUUCUUUAUAUAUCAACUAAAAUCAGUGUGAAUAUUUAUGCUUCGUCAUUAUUUAUAAAUUACCUUCUGUCAUGGAAUAUCUAUUUGAGUAAUAUAUUUGUUCUUGUUUUAACGGCUCUAUGUACGAUAUGCGGUGGUCUUGCAACUGUUAUGUAUACAGAUACAAUUCAAGCAAUAAUAAUGGUCAUCGGAGGAUUAUGUGUUAUGAUUUUAUCUUAUAAUAAAAUCGGUAGUUUAUCUAAUUUUUAUAAUCUUUAUUUAAAUGCAACUCCGACUGUCCCCAAUGAUAAUCUAUGGCAUAAUUCAACGAUAGCACCGACAUGUGAUCAACCAACAAUAGAAUCCUUUCAAAUGUUAAAGCCAAUAUCAGAUCCAUACAUGCCAUGGUUAGGAUUUUUUCUCGGGCAUACACCAAAUAUAAUAUGGUAUUGGUGUUCCGAUCAAAUGAUGGUACAACGUGUUCUAGCAGCUCGAAGUAUUUCACAUGCACGUGGUGGAACAUUAUUAGCUGGUUAUUUUAAAAUAUUACCUUUCUUUAUGAUUAUCAUACCAGGCAUGAUAAGUCGAGCUUUAUAUCCAAAUAUAGUUGCAUGUAAUCAACCAUCGACAUGUCAAGCAAUUUGUAAUAGUAAACGAAGUUGUACAAAUAUAGCCUAUCCAACAUUAAUUGUACAUAUAUUGCCACUUGGUUUUAAAGGUAUGAUGGUUGCUGUUAUGCUUGCAGCAUUAAUAUCCGGCUUAACAUCAAUAUUUAACUCGGCGAGUACUAUAUUUACUGUUGAUAUCUAUCCGAAUCUAUGUUAUCUUCGUCGAAAUCAAAUUAAAAACCAAGAAUUAAUGAUUGUUGGACGUUUGUUUGUUGUAUUUAUGACUUUAAUUAGUCUUUUGUGGAUACCCAUUGUUGUAGAAAUGCAAGGUUCAGAAAUCUAUGUCUAUAUGCAACAAGUCAUUGGAUUUUUUGCACCGCCUAUUGCAUGUGUAUAUCUAUUAGCCAUUCUAUGGACACGAAUAAAUGAACUUGGCGCAUUCUGUGGUUUAAUGGUAGGUUUUAUUUUUGGUUUAUUACGUAUGAUACUUCAAUUUUCAAAACAACCACCAUUGUGUGGAGAAGAAGAUACCAGACUUUGGCUUAUACGUCGUAUUCAUUUUAUGUAUUAUUCAGCGUUUGUUUUCUGGAUAACUUUUUUCAUCUGUGUUAUUGUUUCAUUAUGUACAAAACCACCAACCAAAGAACAGCUAUUUCGAACAACAUAUUGGACAAAAAAUCAAAAGUUGGUUGAUGAACUUGAGUUGACGAAUCACAAGCCGUAUUGUGCAUGGUCAAUUUCUAGUGUUAGUAAACCAAUCGAAUUUCAAGAUGCGAAUUUAUUAUCGCAAGCAUGUUUAGAAAACUUCAACGAUGACAUUGAAGAAUCAACAUUGAUGUUUUAUCGCCAGAAAUUACUUCUAAAUCUUGAUGCUAAUGAAAAUUGUGAUAGAACCGACGUUAGUCUUGUUGGCACACGACAAAAUCUUAGUGAAUCUUUAUUAUUGAAACUAUCAAAUGAUGCUCAACUACAAAAACCUAGAAGAGGAUACGCUAAUUUAUUAAAAGUAUGUUGUUCAUGGUUUUGUGGUUUGAAUGAUGAUGGCACCGAACUGCAAACGGCAACGGUCGAUGAUUCAACUGAACAACAUCAACUAGCAUUCCAAACUACGAGACACAGUUCCAUGAUAAAAUGGUUAUUGAAUGGAAAUUUAAUAUUUCUUCUUCUUGUUCAGCUAACUCUUUUUAUUGUGUUAUCUAUACCUAUUAAAUAUACAUUUUUGAAAAGUUAA